AGUAAUAUGUAGCGAAUAUAGGAGUCUGUUCGUGAACUUUAUCAGCCACAUUUCCUCACUGUGGCUCAAAACAAUAGAUGCUGUCGGAUCUAUUCAUGUAAAACAUCGCUGUUUGACAUGUAGAAGCAGCUUUGGUGCUAGAACAGCAGGGAAAGGGCGCACCAUUAUCUCCCUUCAUUUAUAUAAUUUACUGUUUUCAUUUGUCACACACACACACAGGGUCACACCUUCAUGUUUUGUCAGGAAUGUUCAUGUGUGUUGCAUUGAUAACACGGGUGUGUGUUUAGUGUGUGACAUGUGAGUGGAGCGAUAUGGAGUAAAACAGCGCAUGGAAUGGAAACACGGUGAGAAUAGGAGAUUGUCAUGGCGGACCCAGAGGUGUCAACACAGAGUGGGGGCUAUGAUGUGGAGCUGUUUGUGGACACUCCGGACUAUGACCUGAUCUGCACCAUUUGCCAAGGUGUCCUCAGGUGUCCAGUUAGAGCAGCAUGCCACCACAUCUUCUGUAAGAAAUGCAUCUUACAGUGGCUGAAGAGGCAGGAGACCUGCCCCUGCUGCCGAAAACCUGUCAACCCAAGCUUGAUCUUUGUUAUGUUCAAACUAAGUAAAUCUAUAGGACGCAUGAAAAUUAAGUGUAAAAAUGAGAUCCGUGGUUGUGCAGAGACCUUCCCUCUCUCAGAGCAGUAUUGCCACAGUAUGAGCUGUCUCUAUGAGCUUAUACCCUGUCCUUAUCAGGGCUGCCGAGCGCAGCUCCUCCGCAGGGACCUGGACACCCAUGCGCGCCAUUGUGAACACUGGCGUCAGCCCUGCCACAUGGGCUGUGGGACGAUACUCUCCCACCGCACCCAGGCUCAACACAACUGCUACAAGCAGCUGAGGCAGGAGUAUGAAGCCAGGCAGAGGAACCACAGAGCUAUCGCCACCGCUCUGCAGAGGAAGAUGAGGAGGAUGCAGAGCACCAUGGCUCACAUGAAGAGGCAGAUAGGGCUGAUAUGUGAGAGCCUGGAGGUGAUGGAUGACCUCCAUGAGGUGGAGGAGGAGGAUCUUGGAGAGAGUAGCGGCAGCUCCAGUGGGACUCCAAGUAGCAGCAGCAACUGUUAAGAAGUAAUUUAUGGCUGCUGGUGGGCUAGUGCUGUGUGUAAAUGUUUCAUGUGUUAAUUUAUUUGAAGGUGUGUUUGAAAACAUAGAUAGACAUGAUUAAAUUGAGUGAAUCUGUAACAAUUUUGUGCUGAUGUAUUUUUUAAAUAAAGCUCGACAUUA